ACUGAAGUUUGGCCCUGCGCGCAUUCGCUCCUCCGGUCUGACUGAAUUUACGCAUAAACUUCAUUUGGAUGAAUCCCGCCCCGCCAGAGGGCGGAUUUAUUUAUUUUUCUCGUUCUGUGAAGCAACGAUUCAACAAAACAACUGAAAUCCGGGUUUCCCCAAACGAACAUCUUCACAUAUAUACCGCAAGCAAUGGAUCGGCUCUGUCAUACGGCUCAAGAUGUCACGCCUCGUGGGUCUGCAGAUGGUAAAUGUGCCCGUGAGCCGGCGGGAGCGCGCUUUACAGUCACGCCGAGCUGAGAACCUUCACGCGUGUUUUAUCUUCUCUCCACAGAUCCCGCUGCUGCUCUUCAACGGCUUCGUGCCGGCUUCUUCCUCCGCUGCCGCCGCCACGAGGUCCCCCGGGUGCAUCAGCCUGGAGCGGCUGAACCGCACCGUGGACCGGUUCCAGAGGACGCACGGCAGCCCGACGAUGACGCGUAACCGGCAGGACGCGCGGCAGGACGCGCGGCAGACGUGCGCGCAGGCGGCCGCGGGAAUGAGCGGAGAGCUGAGAGACCGCUCCCUCGCCCCGUGGCGGUACAGCAUCAACACAGAGGACGACCGGAUUCCUCACAAGAUCGCCGUCGCCGAGUGCCUCUGCGACGGCUGCAUCAUCAACCAGCGGGAGGACAUGCGCUACAACUCUGUGCCCGUGUUCGCCCCGCUGAUGGUCAUGAGGAAGACGCCGUGCCCGCGGGACCACGCCAGGUUCAUGGUCAGCAGGGAUUGGAUCAAGGUCCCCGUGGGCUGCACCUGCGCCGCGCCCAAGUACGCCAAGAGAUCGACGUAGCUGAAGACGCCAGGCGGAAGAAGGCGCUGUGUAGUUUCUAUGUGAUGAAGGUGGGAUUAGUUAUUUAUUUAUUACAGUUCUAUGUUUGUUUGUUUCUUAGGAUCUAAAGUACAUGUACUCAGUAAAACACUGCUUUAAUAAGUGUACAACUCACUCUCACAACAAACGCCAAAUGCUGCCGCUUGGUCGGUGGCACCAACCGUCUUUUUGUACUCAUUUGCAUCCAAAUAACAUUUUAGGUAAAAUAAUAUGUCACGCAGAAGAUUUCAGCAAUACUGAGAGUCACAUAAACACGUGACUAAUACAUUUGGUGUUUGACUAUUCAUCCUUUUGUCUUUUAUUUGUAGAUAACUGUAUUUUUUAAUUUUGGAAACACUGUCCUUUUUGCUAAGCUAGUUAGCGUUAGCAAACGGUAGUUUGCUAGUUGGUAGUCAGCAGCCAAUUGGUGCGAGGAAGCUUCGUGUGCUCACGAAACCCCCUACUGGCCACGCGUGUCAUCACAGUGACUUUGUGUGUCUGUUAUGGCCGUGGGGACUGACUAUGAGUUACAGAAAUGUAUAACCAAAUCAUUUCUGUACAUAAAUGAUCACAUGCGUGCAUAAUACAAUAUUUUUGGAUUGUA